UCUAAUACGUUUUACCCACAAUUCCUUCAUCGUCGCCUUCCAACUUCCUCUUUUACAUUUGGUAGCCGAAAAUGGCUGUGGGCAAGGAUAAGCGUGUCCAAAAAGGAAGCAGAAAGGGAGGCAAAAAGAAGGCAGCCGACCCUUUCUCCAAGAAGGAAUGGUACGAUGUCCGUGCUCCAUCUAUGUUCGCAGUUCGUGACAUCGGUGUUACCCCAGUAACCAGAAGCUCUGGCACAAAACUGGCCGCAGACAGUUUAAAAGGUCGUAUGUUUAAAGUAUCCUUAGCUGACCUUCAGAAUGAUGAAGUUACGUUCCGUAAAUUCAAACUGUUGGCUGAAGAUGUCCAGGGAAAAAAUCUACUGACAACCUUCCAGGGAAUGGAACUCACCAGAGAUAAACUCUGCUCUGUUGUCAAGAAAUGGCAGACUAUGAUUGAUUCCAGAGUUGACGUCAAAACAACAGAUGGCUACCAUCUACGUGUUUUCUGUAUUGGUUUCACCAAAAAACGACCCAACCAAGUCAAGAAAACCUGCUAUGCCCAGAGGCAACACGUUUUUAAAAUCCGUAAGAAGAUGGAAGAUAUUAUGAGAAAAGAAAUCACAGCUAUUGAUAUGAGAGAAGUUAUCAAUAAAUUGAUUCCUGAUUCUAUAGGUAAAGAUAUAGAAAAAGCCUGUCAGGGUAUCUUCCCUAUUCAUGAAGUCUACAUCAGAAAGGUUAAAAUCCUUAAAAAACCCAAAUUAGACUUUGCUAAGUUAUUGGAGAUGCAUGGAGAAAGUAAUGCUCCUAAAGCUGCUGCUCCAGUUGUUGUUGAAGAAAGCGGUGAGAAAGUUGAUAGACCCGACGGCUAUGAACCACCAGUGGCUAAAGAAGUCUAAAAUUUAAAAAAAAAUAAUAGAAAAAUAAAAGAAAAAAAAUCA